GUUCUGCCAGAAGAAUUACAGAGUGCCCAGGGCGGUCACCAGAUACCACUUGGGAAGAUUUUCCAAAUUUAGCUAUUGGGAUGAUGUCGAGUACGUACUUACUUUGCACUAAUAUAGCACCUCCGGUCCUCGACUUGAGAUUGUUUGGUAUGGCUCACCUCAAGCUCACCUGGAGUUGCGACUACCAGUACGAACUUGAGAUUGCGGCGAACUCGAAGACCAUGACGAAUAUGGACGGUCAGGCUGUGAAUCGUAAUUACGCGUAGUAUUUUAAAGUGAAUCUUGAUCUUGAUAGCUUAUCCGAAGCUGCCUCGGGCACAUCUAUUUCAUACCCGAUCCUGCCGCUGCGGCACAACUCCAGUUAGUAGAAAUGCCUUGCCUUGCGUAUAUCAUGAUGGGCCACACGUUCCAAUCCCUCUCACCCAAAGGCCAUUUUUCCUCUCAAAAUGUCUCCCUCUGUGUUUGAAGCUAGUCAGCUUCCCAACAAAAAUCCCGUUGGUCCGUACACCUAUGUGCCUACACAGUGGAUAUGUAUCCUCUUCCUGGUGUUAUACAGCAUUUCAACUAUCAUCCACUUCAGCCAGGCACUCAAGUUUAGACUCUGGUGGAUGCUUCCAACGGCGACUUUUGCCGGUGUCCUCGAAAUACUCGGUUGGAGCGCCAGGUUAUGGUCUAGCCACAGUCCCAAGCUUUUGACGCCUUAUGAGAUGCAGCUCGUCGGCACCAUCAUCGCACCUACUCCCCUUGUCGCUGCCAACUUUAUCAUCCUUGGCAAGAUAAUCAACCAAGUUGGACCCCAGUACAGCCGUCUAACCCCCAAGUUAUAUACCAUCAUUUUCUGUUGCUUCGAUGUUGUCUGUUUGAUUGUACAAGCUUUUGGAGGCGCAUCCGCCGCGCACGCCGUUAGCCAGGAUUCAAGUGCUGCGAUGGGCGCGAACAUCAUGCUGGGAGGAAUUGCGGCUCAGCUCUUUGCUAUCGUGGUCUACGUCACUUUGGCAUCCGAAUUUUUCUUGCGUUUGAAAUCAAAUUCGCCCUUCCGUCACGUUGAACAGCCCCGCGUAUUGGAGAAAGGUCAAAGUGCUGUGAGCAAGAACUUGCGAGUUCUGAUCUGUGCCAUGGCAUUCUGCACUCUCUGCAUCUUCAUUCGUUCUAUUUACCGUACUGUAGAGCUCGCCGGUGGGUGGUUCGGGCCAGUGAUCACCACUCAACACUACUUCGAUUGGCUCGAUGGAGCCAUGGUCACUCUCGCUAUCUACAGUCUCAAUUUCUUUCACCCAGGUAUCUGGCUGAACAAGGAAGUCCCAACUGGUCAUGAUUUAGAACAAGCAGCCGAUGAAGAAGAAGAAGCUGACGAAGAAGCUGCGGCUUAGGUUUUAACGAUUACAUGCUUAUAUCGGUUCUGCUCACCAUUUAUCUAUGAGCUUGUUGGCACUUCUCGGAUUACUCUUACUCGGACGGUUAUCGGCAUGUUACCUUACAACGAUGUCUGUUUUGGCACCGCUUAUCCCUACUCAAUGAUGUAGAUAGAUGCAUUGUUGACGUUCUAUACCCAUCGUUCUUACUGAAGCGGAAGUGCUGAAGACUUUAAGUUUAAAGUUAAUUGAAUGUGGCUGUGCCCAGAAGAGAUGAUGUC